CCCUUACGCAGGCUGGAACAGUGCGUUUGGGGGAAGACGUAUUCGUCCCCUUUUCCAAUCUGCUGCCGAUGGUUCACCCCGAUGACAUUGUUAUCGAUGGCUGGGACAUCAGUUCGGCGAACUUGGCAGAAUCUGUCGAACGAGCGCAAGUUUUGGAGCCGGCUCUACAGCAACAGUUGAAGGAGCAGAUGCAACAAAUGAAGCCACGUCCAUCCAUUUACAUUCCUGAAUUCAUAGCUGCCAACCAGAUUUCCAAGAGUAAUGUAGUAGAUGAUAUGGUAUCUUCCAACGAUGUUCUAUACAAACCAGGAGAAAAACCGGAUCAUGUAGUUGUUAUCAAAUACGUUCCAUAUGUCGGUGACUCGAAAAGAGCUCUCGAUGAAUACACUUCGGAAAUCAUGAUGGGAGGCCAGAACACCAUAGUCAUACACAAUACUUGCGAAGAUUCACUACUAGCCACACCCAUCAUUUUGGAUUUGAUUCUCCUCGCCGAGCUGUUUUCAAGGAUAAAAAUCAAAAGAGAAAACUGGACCGAUGAAGAAUACACAUCUUUCCAUUCUGUACUGUCCCUUCUCAGUUACCUUUGCAAGGCUCCUCUCGUCCCCCAUGGAACCCCCGUUGUUAAUGCCCUGAACAGGCAAAGGUCUUGUCUUGAAAAUGUGAUGAAAGCUUGCUUGGGGCUGCCACCCGACAACUGCAUGACAUUAGAACACAAAGUUCCGUUUAUGAUGGCUGAAAGAUCGACUUCGUCCAAAUCGAAAAAGAUGAGGUUGGAGAAUGGAUCGAAAUGAGUUAAUGUUUAUUGAAAGAGAAUAUUUGUCUAUGGAAAUAUAAUUAUGUUCAGAAA